UACAAGUUUGCAAAAGAAUUAGCAGCGGAUUCUUGUAAUUCUGCGUGGCUUGGUGGUGCCACUGCAACAAAGACAACUCCAGAACAGCCGCUUAGCACCACCGCUAUCUCAUGGGUUCCUUGAAAGCAACCAUCCCAACAGAUUCCCGUUCCAACUUGGAACAAUUUCUUUUUGAUCGGUUGCUCGACCAGAGCCAGCCCAUCCACGAGCGCUUUAGAGCUCUCUUCUCUCUCCGUAACCUCAAGGGCCCUGGACCCCGCAACGCCCUCAUUCAUGCAACAAGGGAUUCUUCAAAUUUGCUGGCACAUGAGGCUGCAUUUGCGUUGGGUCAAAUGCAAGAUGCUGAAGCUAUCCCUGCUCUGGAAGCAGUUCUAAAUGAUCUUUCUUUGCAUCCUAUUGUUCGCCAUGAGGCUGCUGAAGCUCUUGGUGCAAUUGGUUUAGAGAGUAUUGUGCCUCUUUUGAAGAAUAGCUUGACUGGUGAUCCGGCUCAGGAGGUUAGAGAAACUUGUGAACUGGCUCUCAAGCGAAUUGAGGAAAUGAAUGCUACAACAAGCACUGUUGAUGGAACAUCUGUGGCUGAAAAAUCACCCUUCCUGUCUGUCGACCCAGCCACACCAUCUUCUUUAAGCUCUUCUGUUGAUGAGCUGAGGGGAUUUCUUCUGAAUGAAAAAAGAGGCAUGUAUGAGCGCUACGGUGCUCUUUUUGCACUUCGGAAUCAUGGUGGGGAUGGAGCUGUUUCUGCUAUAGUUGAUUCUUUGGCUGCAAAUAGUGCACUGCUUAAGCAUGAGGUUGCUUAUGUUUUGGGCCAAUUGCAAAACAAAGCUGCUUCAGCUGCACUUUGUAGAAUACUUAGAAAUGCAAAUGAGCAUCCAAUGGUCAGGCAUGAGGCUGCAGAAGCUCUUGGUUCCAUUGCAGAUGAGAAAAGUGUUGCACUUCUUGAGGAAUUCUCAAAGGAUCCUGAGCCUCUUGUUGCACAAAGCUGUGAAGUUGCUCUGAGCAUGCUAGAAUUUGAAAGAUCAGGAAAAUCAUUUGAGUACCUCUUCAUGCAAGACCCUCUAGCACAAGCUUAAAUUAACCGCACUUCUUCAUGCCAACUUCACUACUCCUACACGGUACCAGUUUUGUUUUUUAUCUCGUCAACGAGUAGGCAGUCUUUGUGGGAUUGUAAGCUAGGAAGAAUGUCAUGGGUCAUACAGAGUCUUGUACUUUCUGGGGCCAUGGCUUCGCUGAUUUAUUUAUAUUGGGGGUCAUAUAAUCUCUGGUUGCUUGGGAAUAUGAUUUUGUUCAACUUUUUUUACAAACUCUGAGAUUACCUUUUUUACCCCAUCUCCAUCUUGCAACCUGUUGGCGCUUUCUCCUGUGUUUGUCAGGAGAUGCGUGCAGAUGAUUUUAACAAACACUAUUCUUUUCGUGUAUAACGAAAAAUUUAUUUAGCCUUAAA